AGAUGAACACAAUCGUUCAUCAUCCUACAUGUGGGGAUCGUAUUCCACAGUUCUCUAGUGCAGAUCUUUAGUAGUGGUGACUUGAACGCACGGUUAGUUCGAUAUCGAUUCGUUAGACUUGCAAAGUCUCAAAGUUACGCGUUUUUGUGCGACUCGUAUCGAAUUUCAGCUUUUAUUUUGUCGCGUUUUCAAAUUUUAUGAACAUUUUCGAAUAUUUCGAGUAGUAUUUUGUGGUUUCGUGAAUUUUUUCGUUUGUAUAUUUUAAUGGCUGUUUCUACUUUGAAUAUGGCUCCUUAUUUUCCUGGCACAUAUCCGUUUCAAGGUCAAGGUAGAAUAAAUCAGCUCGGAGGAGUAUUUAUAAACGGCCGCCCUCUACCGAAUCAAAUACGAUUGCAAAUUGUCGAAUUAGCCGCAUCUGGAGUUAGACCAUGCGUUAUAUCGAGACAACUCAGAGUGUCUCACGGAUGCGUUUCCAAGAUCUUGAACCGGUAUCAAGAGACGGGUAGCAUUAGGCCGGGCGUGAUUGGCGGUAGUAAACCGCGUGUUGCUACUCCGGACGUUGAACGUAAAAUCGAAGAGUAUAGGAAAAACUGCCCUGGUAUCUUCAGCUGGGAAAUACGAGACAGAUUGGUAAAAGAUGGUGUCUGUGAUAAAAACAACGCUCCAUCGGUCAGUUCCAUAAGUCGACUGCUGCGAGGUGGAAGCGGGCGAGGAGAUAGUAAAAAUCACACUAUCCAUGGAAUCCUCGGUGGUAGCAGCGGCGACGAUACAGAUACAGAAUCCGAACCUGGAAUACCGUUAAAACGCAAACAAAGAAGAAGCAGAACUACAUUCACCGGGGAACAAUUAGACGAAUUAGAAAGAGCUUUUCAGCGUACCCAAUACCCAGAUGUUUAUACCAGAGAAGAGCUCGCGCAGAGCACUAAACUUACAGAAGCCAGAGUUCAGGUAUGGUUUAGUAAUCGACGAGCCAGAAUGAGAAAACAUCUAAACAGCCAGCACAUGCAAUUCAACUCUAUGUCAUUGCAGCCGACGUUUGGUCCGUCGCAAUAUCCGCCACCUCCGUCAGUUUCGCAUUCGGAGGUUACCACUAAUUUCACUUCGCAAAAUCAUUCGUCAUCAUGGACACCACAAACUGCUUCAUAUCCUACAACCAGUCCUUUAGGUAGUUACAAUUCCAUGUAUUCGGGUACUUCUGGUACACCAUCGGGAGUCGGUAGUGAAAACGCAGUGUCACAAUUUUCUGCCUAUUCGUCGCAAUCGAGUCAUUGUUCUGUGCCACCUUUACCAACUCAACAUCCUACUUGGUCCAGGCACCAAAGUUCUGCAAAACUUGAUUCAUUGUCACCGUGGUCAGAUAAUUAUAAUUUAUUUCAAACUGGAAGUCAAAUGUACAACUCUAGUUCAAAUUUAGCUCCUCAUUCUCCUACUGAAGCUAAAUCAGGUUACCCGUAUUUUGGUCAACUAAGCAGCGUGGAAGCUGGAGUUGUUUGUGGAAGGAUUCACUAGAUGUAAUUGUAUUUUAGAAAUAGUAUAAAAGUUCAUGUGAUUGUUUAUUAGUUUUAAGGUUUCUUUUUUCCUUUAUCGAUGUGUGUUAGCCAAAGAUUCGUGUUUUGCAUGCUACAAGGUGUAUUGUAUAGCGUAUUUUUUCUCCUAUUGUGUAAAGAGUUAUAGAUAAAAAUUGUCACCAUAGUAUACUAUGUUUAUGUAUAACUUGUAACUGCACUACACGUAAAGACUGAUGUAAAAUUAAUAUCGAAUAAAUUGUAUUCAUUUUAA